GCCACAAUAGCUAUAAAAAGAAGAGCAGUUGUCACUCUGAAAUAGCUAAAAUAGAUCAAGAGCAUAGUUUCCUCCAAUUAAAAGAAAAGAUCGUAAAAGAGAAAAGAGAGAGAGGCAAGGUUACAUUUCAAAUGGAGGAGGUUGUGAUCGUAGGAGGCGGCAUUGCGGGGCUAGCGACGGUGGUGGCCCUGAAGAAGGUCGGUGUGCGAGCACUGGUUCUUGAGAGAUCAGAGGGGCUGAGAGCCACCGGCUCGGCCUUGAGCCUCUUCCCCAAUGCCUGGCACGCGCUCGACGCGCUCGGGGCUUCGGAUAAGCUCACCUCCCUUUACACUCCUUUUUCCAAGGGUUACGUAACCGAUAUGAAGACCAAAGCCAUUCAGGAAGUGCGUUAUAGUGCAUGCAAAGGGAGUGGAGGUGAACAAAGAACGGUACACCGGAAGAUGCCAUUGGAGGUCUUGGCAGAGGAAUUGCCUCCAAAUACCAUCCGUUUCUCUUCAAAGCUCACUUCCAUUGAAACCCAAGUGGAACAAGGCUCGUCAAUUUGUAUCCUCGCGCUUGAGGAUGGAACUGUCAUCAAAUCUAAGGUUGUUAUCGGAUGUGACGGGGUGCAUUCUAGGAUAGCGCAUUGGUUAGGGCUCGGCGCGCCGGUCGAUUCGGGCCGGUCUGCAAUUCGCGGGGUGGCCGUGUACCCGCGAGGCCAUGGGUUCAACCAUGAGGUUCAGCAAUUCGUUGAUGUCUCCAAGAGGGCUGGUUUUAUUCCUCUCAACGACAAGGAGGUCUACUGGUUCUUCGCUUGCAAAGCUCCUCCAAAAGGUAUUGGUGCGGACAUGGGAGGAGACCCAAAUUUACUACUAAGAGAAGUGGCUGACAACUUAGCCAAAGACUUUCCUUCGGUGUACCUCGACAUCGUCGGCCACUCCGACCUUUCCACCUUGACGUGGGCCCCGUUGAUGUUUCGCUAUCCGUGGGAUGUCAUGCUUGGGAACCUGACCCGCGCCAACGUCACGGUGGCCGGAGAUGCCAUGCACCCCAUGACGCCGGACUUGGGCCAAGGUGGGUGUUUGGCCCUCGAGGAUGCGGUCGUGUUGGACCGGCACAUCAGAAACUCGGUUUCCAAAAGGGGUGAAAUUGAGACCCGUCAUGUCGGGUUCGCCCUCGAGAGCUACGUUAGGGAGAGGAGGUGGAGGGCGGCGACAUUGAUCACAGCGUCGUUUUUGUCAGGUUGGGUUCAGCAGGAUGGGUCUAGUUGGUGGAUGAAGUUCCUAAGAGACGUUGUAUUCUACAAGUUUCUAUUGGGAAGAGCCGUUAGUGCUAGUAGGUAUGACUGCGGCAAACUUUGCUAAUGUCUCUACUUUGCCUUCUUCUAUUCGCCAACAGCGAUCGUCGACCAGGCAAUAUUAUAUAAAGGAGCAAAUGGACGAUUUCCGAAGUCUCACCACAAUCAUUGUACUUGAUGGAGAGACGAUUACAACCAAGAAAGGAACAAGAACUCAGCUUGUGGGUUCAUUACAAAUCGGGAGCGAGAUAUCACUAAUGCAUCAUAUAUUCUACAAAUUAUUCAGAUAUUUAGUAUAUCUAUGCGUAUCUUGUACAUGACCAGAUUUGUGUCUAGAUUCGUGGCAUGAUAUGUCAUAGCGGAUGUUUUUUUUUUUUUUUGGUUUCAGGCCAAUAAAUAGGCCAUGGUUGUAACAUCGAAAUUAAGCAAUUCAAUUGUUUCAUUUUUCUCA